CUUUCGCUCCCCAUUCGUAUUGAACACGGCGCAGCGAAUCCAUCCCAACCCCUCCAUCUCAAUCCUCAAAACCCUUUUCCCUCAGAUUUUCCAGAGAAAAUUUAAAAAAUCCCGUUUUCUUCUUCAAAUUUUCCUCCCUUCCAAACACUCUCCAUGCACCAAUCCCAAUCCCUAUAACAUUAGCUGUACCUCUUACUUCACCUUCAACCCUAAGCUCCUACGUCAUCCAUGGACUCUCGCCGAGCUCCUCGCGCGGUGAUUGACCCCAAGGUCCGCCAAGUAGGGUUCUUUGCUCCCGGAGCUCCACCCGAACGCUCUCACUCGAGUCCGCCCGACCCAGAUUUUCCCAAAUCAUCUUCUCCUCCGGUUUCUGAUGUUCCUCCCACUGGCAAUUCCCUCUCGCCGGUGAUGAUCCCGCCGCCACGUCAUGCGUCUGACAAUAUGCUUCUGCACACCCGUCCGGCGGCUUCUCCUCUCCGGGGAGACUCCAUUACUGCUGGCAGCUACAACUCUUCAUCCGACUUCUUCCCCGCUCCCAUGUCUCCAUCCCCUUCCUCUUACUCGAACAAGGUGGUCGGUGAAGGAGAUUUGUUUGAUGGGAUUGCAUCGCCGGGUCGUGGAGUUAGGGGCAAUGCUGGAAAAGUGGCUUCUUCGUUUCCUCGUGGAGGUUUUGACAUGACAGCAAUGAAGGCUAAUAGUGUGCCGGCUAGUCAAUUGACCACAGUCUCGGUUGUGAACGACCCUCCUGUAAUUGCGGAGAAAGAUAAAGCAGACAAAGGAGGAGGAUUGACAGUAGAUGCAAAAGAGCAGCCUUCAAGUUCAAAACAGCAGAAGGAAAAACUCUCAAAAGCUGAAAGACGUGCUCUUCAAGAAGCUCAACGAGCUGCAAAGGCUGCUGCUAAAGCUGAAGGAAGCAAGGCGUCUGGAGCAGCAGCAAAUGCAAAACCUGCUAAAGCUGCAAAGCCUUCUCAAAAGGUUGAUAAUGCUUCAGUUGCUGGCGCGGAGAAAAAAGGAUCUGAUCGCCCAUCAGAAAAAGAUAGAAAGAAGGAUGUUCCUCAACCACGCAUGCAGUAUGAUGAUAAGAGUCGAGUGGAGAAAGCUAAACGUCGUGCUGUGGUGAAACAAACUGAAGCUAGGAACAGAGUUGAAUUGUUCAGGCAUUUGCCUCAAUAUGAACAUGGGAGUCAGUUGCCAAAUCUCGUGGCAAAGUUUUUUCAACUUGAUCCCAUGCAUCCUGCUGUCUAUAAGGUGGGAUUGCAGUAUCUGUCUGGUGAUAUAUCUGGUGGCAAUGCGCGAUGUAUUGCAAUGCUUCAAGCAUUUCAAGAAGUCAUCAAAGACUACAGAGUUCCCCCCGAGAAAGCUCUGGCGAGAGACCUUACAGCCAAAAUUAGUAGUUAUGUUUCAUUUCUGAUUGAGUGUCGGCCUCUUUCAAUCAGCAUGGGAAAUGCAAUUAGAUUUCUUAAGAGUCGGAUUGCUAAGCUGCCUUUGACUCUGUCAGAGGCAGAAGCCAAAGCUUCUCUUGAGUCAGAUAUUGAUCGUUUUAUAAGUGAGAAGAUUAUCCUUGCCAAUAAGGUAAUAACCAAGCAUGCUGUCACGAAAAUAAGAGAUGGCGAUGUCCUCCUUACUUAUGGGUCAUCAUCGGCAGUUGAGAUGAUACUGUUAAAUGCUCAUGAACUAGGAAAACAGUUUCGUGUUGUAAUAGUUGACUCUCGUCCAAAGCUUAGUGGGCAACUUUUACUUAGGAGGCUGGUGGCUAAAGGUCUUAGCUGCACUUACACACAUAUAAAUGCUGUUUCCUACAUAAUGCAUGAAGUUACUCGAGUAUUUCUGGGUGCUUCAUCAGUAUUAUCUAACGGUACAGUUUACUCUAGAGUUGGUACUGCAUGUGUUGCAAUGGUUGCCCAUGCAUUCCGUGUACCGGUCUUGGUGUGUUGUGAGGCUUAUAAAUUUCAUGAAAGGGUACAGCUUGAUUCAAUAUGCUCAAAUGAACUUGGCGAUCCAGAUGUCGUUUCAAAGGUUCAGGGUAGAGAGGAUGUCAACCACUUGGAUGGUUGGGCCAACAAAGAUAAUCUGCAACUUCUAAAUCUCAUUUAUGAUGCCACGCCUUCAGAUUAUGUUUCAAUGAUUGUCACCGAUUAUGGCAUGGUCCCACCCACAAGUGUACCAGUAAUUGUACGAGAAUAUAGGAGAGAACAAUUAUGGAUAUAAAUGAUGAAAUGUGGAUUAUAUCAAUUUUGUCUACGUGUCGAAUCUCAAUUUAGCAGCCGGAUAAAAAUAAGAUUGGAGGAGUUUGUUGUUAAGCAAUUUUUUUUUUUUAAUAGUAUUGCCUUUUUCCAUCUGGGAAAUGGGAAUAAUGUGUAAUGGCCCAUUUUGAUCAUGUGAAAUUUUUUACUCUCGUCCAUAUUGGUCUGCCUCAGGGAAGAGUGCGAAUUUUCGCCUCUCCGGGCAUUGUUUAUCCCAUGCAUUCAAAUUUUGGAUGCUAUUUCAGUCACAAUUUUGCGUUAUGUUAAAGUCUAUAGUCACUCCUGGCCCAAAAAAAAAAAAAAAGGUCUCUAGUUGAUCUUGGCCCUUUUCUCUGGUAAUUAUUUUUUGGUUGCAUCACAGUUUAAUCUUUAUUCCUUUGUUAUGUAGUUUUAAAGCACUUGAGUGGUUUAAUGUAUGUCAUUUAGUGUUUGGGGUUU